AUGGCUGGCACGAGCAAGGGCGGACAGAGUGAGAGCGUGCUGGUGGUGGUGCGCCCGCGCCCGUUUCUGGAGCGGGAGCUGGAGACCGAGCGAGUGGUCCAUGUGGUCAACCCACAGACGCUCAUUAUCGACAAGUAUGUGGACGAUCCGCUGCGGUACAUGUUUGACACUGUUCUGACGGAGCAGGCGAGUCAGGAGGAGGUGUACGGCCAGGUAGCACCGAUCGUGGACGGCGUGCUUAACGGCAUCAACGGCACCAUCUUUGCCUACGGGCAGACAUCAACCGGAAAGACGUAUACCAUGCUUGGGGCCCAGGGGCUGGCUUCGUGGGCUGACGAUGAGAGCGAGGGCGGGAGCGGGGGUGCAGACGUGUUUGGCGCAGAGGCCGCGCCGGCUGACGACGGCGGGGCUGGGCUCAUUCCCCGGGCAGUCCAGACCCUGUUCGCGGCUGCCAACCGCGCUGGCGAGUCGGGCGACGCCGCCAUCUCGAUGUACUGCUCGUAUCUGGAAAUUUACAACGAGAAGCUGUACGACCUGCUGCAGUACGGCGCCAAGACCAAGCGCGACCUUAGCAUCAUGGAGGACAAGGAGCGCGGAGUGUACGCGCACGGCGCGCGCGAGAUCAAGGUUUCGUCGCCACGCCAGGUAUUCAAUCUCAUGCAGCAAGGCCUUCGCCGACGUGCUGUCGCCUCGACCGCCCUCAACCAGCUCUCCUCGCGCUCACACACCAUUUUCCAGGUUUUUGUUGAGACCGUCGUCCACGAGACUGGCAAGAUCCUACGCGGCAAGCUCAACCUUUGGGAUGUUGGCCAGCACACAUAUGUUGCCGACGCCACCGAGCUCAAAGAGCUGCGCAACAUCAACCAGUCGCUCUCAGCGCUGGGCAACUGUGUCAACGCACUUUCGCAAAGGGGCCGGACCCACAUCCCCUACCGCGACUCGAAGCUCACCCGCCUGCUGCAGGACUCGCUUGGUGGGAAUACCCGGACUGCGUUCAUUGCCACCGUCUCGCCGUCAGUUGACUCGGUCGAAGAGUCAGUCCAGACCCUCAAGUUUAUGGAGCGCUCCAAGAAGAUCAAGCUCACCGUGUGCGCCAACGAGUCGGAGAAUCCUGCUGUUCAGCUCCAGCGAUACAAGGCCGAGCUUGCACGGAUGCGUGCACUGCAGGAAGGUCGCCUCCCUCCGUCUGCCGAGCACUCUGGUCCGGCUGCCGGUGGCCCAGGCGGCGCAUGCUUCUCACAAACCGCCAUCCCGCACGGCAUGGAGCUGAUUCCGUCGGAGCAGCUUUCGCGGCUGUACUCGCAACUGGAGGCGUCAGAGCGACUCUCGCUUGGUGUCCGCGAAAAGCUUGCCCAGUCGCGCAACUUGCUGCAUCGUGAACGCGAGGAGCGUGCCAAACUCAACGUGGUCAUCAACACGGCCAUUGCCCAGAUCCGCACAAGCGGACCGAUGACGUCCAAGCGCGAAGAGGCGGCUGUGCAGGAGGCGGCCGUUCUUCGUGAGGAGAACGCCUACCUCCAGCGCCGGCUGGAGACGCUCGAGGCCGGUGCUGACGCCCUAUCGGCUCGGGCUGCCGAGCUCGCCGAGUACCAGGCGUGGCUCGAGGCGGUCCCGGUUGAGACCACAGACUCGAGCGCUGACAGCGAGCAUGGGGACGAGGGCGAGACCAUGUCUCCUGCCGCCAAGAUCGAGCUUCUCCUACGCGCCAAGCAGCAGUCCGAGCUUGAGCUGCUGGCCACCAAGCGCAAGUUUGUCGGCUUUUGCGAGCAGGUUCAGGGCGCACUGCAGGCCAAAGUGCAUGAGCUGGAGACGGUGACCAAGCGGGAGAAGCAGACCCGCGCCCAAGUUGCGCAACUGCAGGCUGCACUGGCUAAGGCCCGUGCGCCUUCCUCGCCCAAGGAGGCAGGUUCUGACGCUGCCGCCGGUGUUACCAAGCAGCACCUGUUCCUGCUGCUGGAGAAGGAGGCCCAGAUCAAGGCCGCGCAGGAGACGGUGUUGGCCACUCUAGAGGCCGUCGAUACCACGCUCGAGGAGACCGCUGACGCCAUCAUGGGCGUCCAGUUCUCAUCCAAGCUUCCCAAGAUCCGCAGCCAGCUUGUGCGAGCCCUCGAGAGUGCCACCGACGAGAUCCACCGACUGGAAGACGCGCUGUCGUCGGGCCGGAGCUUGCAUAUGGGUACGAGCACGGCGGCGCAACGCGGCCAGGUUGCUACAGCUGCAGUCUCGGCCUCGACCUCACUCUCGUCCGAGUCGAGCGCAUCGUCCGCGGUGCUGACGACCCAGGACCUGCAGACGACGAUCAAGACUUCGACGGCCAGGAGCGGGCGGCGUGCCGAGCGGCGAACCACGUCGCGCCUGGCGGCCACCAAGGCCGGUGGCAAGCGCGAUCCAGCUCUAGACGCCGCUCGCGCUUUUGGGCUCCCUGUCAACAUGUCCAAGGUCGCCAAGACGCCUGCGCAAAUGGCCGCGCGGAGAGCUGCUCGCCCUUCUUCGGCGCCUGGAUCGGCGCCGGCCCCUCCCCAGGCAACCGAGUCAGCCCACAGUGCCGCAGGAAGCCAGACGAGUGGAUCCCGGACAGGCCAGCGCAAGAGGGUCAAGAAGAAGCGGCGAGUGGUCGCCGCGUCUGCGCUGCCAGUCCCGACCAUGUCUGGCAAGUCCCGGAUUCCGGCCCGACCGGCUCCCGGUCCUGCACCGACCACCGGCGUCCUUCGCUCGGACCCGCUGCAAUCGCUCGGCAGCAGCAGCGCCAGUGCGCGGUUUGACCAGUUUGGCCGGCUCAUCAAGUGAUGCGCGAAGCAGCUACACUCCCGACGUCGUGCCAGUAUGAUGAUGCAAGUAACAGCCCAAUG